AAUCAGCCGAUUACAUUUCAAGACCAAUAUUAUUAUUGGGCGGCAUUCUUUGGAUACUAUUACACAAGUCAACGUUACCCCCCCUAUGUAAGGAAUGGUUCAGUCUCGACCCAGGCUCCCUGGAUCUCCAUGCCCCCCAUCCCCACGCUUAGGCAUCUGAUGGUUUGUUCCAGGCCCUGGGUCGCGUGCAUCGCUAGGCAUGCGCUGCUGCUGCUGAUGGUGUUGAAGAAUUAGCAAUUAAUUAGCGUGAGCAUUAAUAUAAUUAGCCAAUUGAUAUUUUUGCCAUUUGUUAUGUAUCAGUAUAAGUGUAAUUAUUGUUGCUAAUAUUUCUUUUUUUUUGCUGUUUAUAACGCAAGCUGUCGGUUCAUAUUGGUCUUGGGUAGUUGGGUACGAAUUUUUGCAGGAGCGUAGUGGGGGGAAAGGCUGGCUCUUAAAAUAUCUCUAAGAUCUGUAAAUAUUUAAUGUUUUCUAAACAUCUCGUCUGUUCGUCCAUCUCACACAUCAACAGACAUCGAUCUCACUCAUGUCUCUCCAUAUCCGUCUCACUAAAAUAUCGACAACAGGGCAUGUGUCUUCUUAUGUCCGUGUAUCACAAAUAUUACAGAUAAAUACACAACAGUAGAUAUGUAAUUGUUACUCGCCUAUCAACAUCACUAACGAAUAUCUAUAAAUAUAGAUGUAACAAGUAUUGUUUUUAAAACAUCCGAUCUCUAGAAAUAUCUAAUAGAAUAUAACGCAUUUAAAUAUGCAGAGUGUUUGCAAUAAUUUAUAUCAAACAUAACAGUGAAUAUCUGAAUGUUACAUUUUUCUAAUCUCUACAACAGUAAUUUAUUAAUUAUGAACUCGUUAAAAUGCUCUCCCAUUAAAAUGUGUUUUAUUUUAUCUCUCAAAGUCUAUAUUUAAAUAUCUCCAACGCUCGUUCUCUCAAGAGCUCCCAUCACUAUGUCCAAUAUUGACUCUAAUACUCUGUCUAAUAUUGACAUUUCCACACGUACCCCGACUAUAUUCCAUCUCUAAUGCCUGGCUCUCUCUCUGCUUCUCGCCGCUCUCCCCAACAUGGACUCUGCGUUUCUAUAAUUCCAUCGCUCGCUCGCUCUCUCUCUGGAAUAAUCUCCAAUUCUCUCUCCCCCCUCUCUGCCGGAAUCUCUUGCACUCACCGCGUCUCUCACCCCUGCCCCAAAUUCACAGCACACAUCAUGUAACUAUUUCUCUCUCUCUCACCAGAUCUCUUAUUUCUCUCUCCAUCUCCCCCCAUCUCUACAACUAUCACUCGUCAUUUCCAACCUCUCUGACCGUCUCUCAUCCCAUCAUCAUCUACUUAUAUUUUAUCCUUACUCCUUAACUCUCUUGCCCACCAUCUCCGUCACCCUUCAUCAUUCCCCAAUUCCGCGGGUCUAAUCUCUCCCCAAUUGCUCUCCUUGCCUCUCCAUCCCUCCCGUUCGAUCUCUCAAAAGCAUCUCUCUUUUUUUCUUGCGAGAAAAUAUAAUCUGCAACAUCUCAUCUCUAACAUUCCUCUGCAUUAUCUGUGCACACACGCACUCAUACCCACAUAGCAUAGACGCACACACACACACACAAACUCACACACUCAGCACUGUUUGUAUAAAAUGGACGUGGCCUCACGGCAGAGCUGGCUCCGCCGUUCGCCUCAACCAUCCAACGCCAUCGUGCAGGCGCCGACUGGCCUCCUCACGGAGCUCCACGCUGGGGACACCAGGGGUCUGACCGUCGGUGGCGACACGCGCACUCUGGCGGGCGAUGUCCUGGCGGAGCUCCGCGGUGGGGACGCACGGGUUUCAGCCAGCAGCGGCAGCCUCUUGGCAGAGCUGCACGGUGGGGACGUGCGGGUCUCGGCCAGCAGCAGCAGCGGUGGCAGUGGGCUCCUGGCGGAGCUCCGCGGUGGGGACGCACGAGGACUCGCGGGCGGACUCCUGGCAGAGCUGCGCAGUGUGGACGCGCGGGGCUUGGCUGGCGGUCUCCUCGCGGAGCUCCGCGGUGGGGACGCUCUGCAGGAGGCCCGCUGGCUCGCAUCUCUGCUGGGCGCCGGGCGAGCUCUCUGCUGGGGACAGCCUGGUGGACGAGCUCCACGGUGGAGACACACAGCCCACGCAGAGGUGGUGUGCAGUGAGGGUGUGUUUGUGGUGCGUCUCGACGUGAAGAAUUUCUCUCCAGAGGAGAUCUCAGUGCGAGUGGUGGGGGGAUUCAUACACGUGCACGCUCAACACGACGAAAAGCAGGACGGGCAGGCGCUGGUCUCCCGGGAGCUGCACCGACGCUACCGCCUCCCCGACAGCACCGACCCAGAGAGCGUCACCUCCUCCCUCACGCGUGACGGCCUCCUCACUGUGCGCGCCCCCGUCACCCCGCCUGGCCUGAACACCCAGCAGCAGCAGCAGGGGCAGCAGCAAGGGCAGCAACAACAGCAAGGGCAGCAACAGCAACAACACCAGCAGCAGCAGCAGCAAGAUCAACAACAGCAACAUCAGCAACAGCAUUUCCAGAAUUCACAGCACGGUCUUCAACAUCAGCAGCAACAUCAGGGGCAUAAGUUACAGCAAGUGCAACAGCAGCAUCAGCAAAAUCAGUAUGAGCAGCAUCAGCAGCAGCAUCAGCAGCAGCAGCAUCAGCAGCAGCAGCAGCAUCAACAACGACAGCAACAGGGGCAGCAUGGGCUGCAACAGCAGCAGCAGCAACAUGACCAACAGCCACAGCAGCAGCAGCAAAGGCAGCAGCAGAUGCAACAGCAACAUCAGCAGCAGAUACAACAGCAACGUCAACAAGGGCAACAGCAGCAGCAUGGGCAGAAGUCACAGCAGGUACUGCAGCAGCAGCAACAGCAGAAACAUAGGCAACAGCAGUAUGUGGGUCAGAACACACAUUCAGAAGCUGUGGCCGUUGCACAGGGAACACAACAUACGGCGCGCAGAUCACGUGUGUCCGCCGGCACGCAGACAGGGGGACUGGGACAAGUGCUGACAGAGGGACACAGACAGACGCGGGGCCUCGGUCAGACAGGACACGGACAAACGGGUGAGCAGCACGGACAGACGCAGACGGGAGAACAGGGGCAAACGGGGGGACACGGACAAAUGCAGACGGGGAGACACGGACAAAUGGGGGUACGAGGGCAGGCAACGGGACACGGGCAGACUCAGAUGGCAGGACAGGACCAGAUGGGGCGAGAUGGACAGACGCAGACAGCGGGACAUGGACAGACACACACAGGGGGACAUGGAAAUCGCUCGAUGACCGUCCGCCCAGGUUUCCCCACGUGGAGCGCUCUUGUCUAUAGGAAGUGACGACUGGCUCACAGAGCCAUUUACCUCCACUCAAUUGACCACCCCCCCCACCCCACACAUUCCUAACUGCGCCCAAUGCAUUUCAACUAAAUUCAUUCCUUUGAUAACGGCCAAUCGCUUGAAAACGAAUUCAACCCUUACAAUUAAUUUUUGCUUGAAUUAAAUCCUUUACUUUGAUCGUGGGAAAAUCUGGUCAAGAUUUGAUUAGUUCCUUCUUUGCAGCUGCUGUCGAUUUCUCAACUGGAAAGAUCAGUUUCGUUAAAUCCAUCUGUUAGGCUGCGGCGAAUUCGUCCCCGUUUUAUUGGAGCCACCCUGGUUCACGCCGGGCGUUCUUUAUAUAACCACACGCGAGCCUGUUGAAGUUAAUUCGGUUUUUACCGUUGUAAGCUACGACAAUGAUCGGUCAAAACUGAAGAACUUUCAGAAACCAGAGGUCGCAAACGUGUUUUGAUUCCUUACCCGUACCCGGCCGCACCAGGGUCACAAACGGGUACCCGUACCUGUACCCGGCCGUACCCGGCCGGGUACGGGUAGGGUACGGGUAGGGUACGAGUAUGUGAUUGCGACCUCUGGGAUGAAGCUAUGUUGCAGACACGGGUGGGUUGAUUCUAGGAACUUGAAUUGUGAGAAGAGACAAGACGUUGGGAAAUGAGUGACAAACAGUUACUCACCAGUGACUCACGGCCUACCCGUACCCGUACCCGGCCGCACCAGGGUCGCAAACGGGUUACCCGUACCCGGCUGUACCCGUACCCUACCCAUACCCGGUCAGAUACGGGUAUCGGGUACCUGAUUGCGACCUCUGGGAUGAAGCCAUGUUGCAGGCGCGGAUGGGUUGAUUCUAGGAACUUGAAUUGUGAGAAGAGACAAGACGUUGGGAAAUGAUUGACAAACGGUUACUCACCAGUGACUCACGGUCUACCCGUACCUGUACCCGGCCGCACCAGAGUCGCAAACGGGUACCCGUACCCGGCCGGGUACGGGUAGCCGGGUAUCGGAUAAGGUACGGGUAUCGGGUACCCGGUUGCGACCUCUGUCAGAAACCCAUAACAGCUGUAGGCCGGUACACAUUGCCUGGCAGUGGUCUCUUUAAAGUUAUUAUUACUAUUAAUAUUGUUUACUUAUGAAUGGAUAUUAUGGUUUUGUUGCGUUGCAGUGUUUCUUCGUAAGUUGUGUGCAUGCCAGGUGGAUCCCCUAACCCACGACGUUGCAGUGACUCCAAGCACCCUGGCCGACGUUAUACCCACACUUUACCCCACCACUCCCAGCACAACAACCGCGCGAACGUCAACUAAUCGGCAUGAACCGGUCCUCUUGUUUGUUUAAAAACAGCCCUGAUCAGGCAUUGAACCGUGCGGCUCUGGGUUGUGAGGCCAGGGGGUUUGGCUUCCUGUGCAGCGACGGUAGCGACUACCCCCUUGCACAAGUUGGAGCCACGUUGACAUGGGUGUGUGACGCGCGCACUCCAGAUGUUAUUCUUGCGGUACUGAUAAAAAGCUGGCUGCAACAACCGAGCGAUCAGUUGCACUUUCAAAACAGUUCUCGCGCUAAUCAAAUCAUUUUGACUCUCAAACGAGAGUCAAAAUUGCGUGUAAAGCACGUGGCCUUUGUGCGUAUGCAAAACAUCAUCAGCAUUACCUACAGAAGUGCACUGUGGUUAUCUUGUCUUUGGUCAACAUCAACAUACAUUUGAGCAAUCGCUGGUCAUCACCGCAUCACCACUGCCGCUGGAAAUCGGCCACAUUUUCUCAGAUAUAUUUUGAUGGUGAUCUCAGGCAAGAAGACCACAACACAGUUAUUCAGGAAAUCCUGAUGGGUGUAUUGGAUAUGCACUUUGGCUGCGUGCUUUUUACAGAUGUGUGUCUGGUUUGCAACUCAUGGUGUUCCAGGCUGCACAACUAUUGUUUUUAUGAUGGGUUUUUCUCAUCAUGUACACAUUUGAUAACUGCUGUGUCCACAUUGAGGCAAUUAGACCGCGCAUUCAGAAUCAUAACAAACCAAACAAUCAUAGCUCGCUAAAGUAUCACAUGGUGAUGAAACACAUCGUUCCAAAUUGCUCAGCAGAUCGAUGCUUGAAAAUCCAGUCGGCCUCAAUUGUGAACAGCAACCGGUUGUGCAACUGCUCCCAACUGGUUGCAGAGACACCCACAUAGCAGCGAUUCAGUUGCAUGCAACCAAGUUUUGUACCCGGCUUAUGAGCACCAGCUCUUGUGCUUAUUAUAAUUAUCAUACAACUUUAUUAUUAAUAUUGUUCAACCUUGCUGUGAAAUGUUACCGUUUAGUUCCCCCCCCCACCAUGAAUCUGCCCGUCCGUAACUCCUGCCACACCAGCAGGUGAUGAUUGAACCAAAACGUUGUAAUUUUGGUCACGCCAUUGAUAGGGUAUCGCUGCUGUUACGACACCUCCCGCCAGUGUAAUUUUCCUUCACGAAAUCAGUGAUGAAAAUAUUCGUCGACGAAGAGUUCUGUUGUUUCAGUCGACGAUGGCGAGCAGAACAUAAUCAAGUGUAAAGAUGACUAAAGCUACCCACCCAAUAUCACCAUCAUCACCACCACCACCAUCAUCAUCUAGCCACUGAAGAUCAAAGUGCGACUGUGACAAAAUGAACAAGUGAAAUUGCAGAGGCAGAUAGAGAUCAUUUAUUCAUAAUCAACGUUUUUGGGUUUAGAUCGCGUUAUUUAUAAAUGUGUCGUAACCCUCCACCACCCGACACGGCCAAUCAGUAAAAAAGUGUCACGUUGACAAAAGACAAAUAGUUCACUGCUUUAGCCCACCGGUGUGUUGAAG